UGUCAGUGAGUGAUGUGUAGGGCAGAAUUAACUAAUAAUGCCAAGGGUCAGAGCCUCACUGUCGUUUCCUCUUAGUCUUUAUUGAAGGUAAACAGAGAUAAAUGUUAAAUGCCAUCCUGACCCACGGAGAUCAAAUUAAGGCAGGAGAUUGCAGGGAAUCAGAUAUCUUGUUCUGACCUGUCACAAGCACUUACUCACAUACAAACAAGAACAGGCCACACUCCUUUUUUUACCAUCAGGUGCUUCUGGCUUUUAGACUUGUUAAUUCUCUGCUUUUAGAGUCUAACCGCUGGCUGAGAGCCCAUAGCACUGAUGAAGUUAACAAAAUUAUUGACACGAAAAUCUCACUGCCCAGGAGAAGCUGCUGCCUCCGGGCAUGGAGAGUCAAAUAGCUUAUAUCUUUUGUCCUUUAAAAACAGUAUAAAAGAGCAGUUUGGGAGGCAGGAGACGGGGCAGCGGCCUGGCAGCCCAGGUUCGCCCAGACACUAGGCGCCCAGGCCCUCAGGCACCCAGCACACGCCCAGCCCGCCUCCACGAUGCCCAACAGGAAGGUCAGCCCUGCGGAGGGGGCGGCCAAGGAGGAGCCCAUGAGGAGGUCGGCCAGGUUGUCAGCCAAACCUACUCCUGCAAAAGUGGAAACGAAGCCCAAAAAGGCGGCAGGAAAGGAUAAAUCUGCAGACAAAAAAGUGCAAACCAAAGGGGAAAGGGGAGUAAAGGGAAAGCAGGCCCAAGUGGCUGACCAGGAACCUAAAGAUUUACCUGCGGAAAACGGAGCAACUGAACACGAGGAGAGUCCAACCUCAGAUGCAGCAGGAGAGAAAGAAGCCAAGUCUGAUUAA